GUUAACUCAACCAGGAACCACCAGGGUGCAGGUCUGGAGGUUGAUCUUUGGACUAUCGCUGUCAUCUUCUCAUUUUCACCACUUCCCCUUCCUCUCCCCUCCACCCCACUCUCCACAUAAUCUCUUCAACUUCGCUCCCCUUGAUCUAGUACAUCAGUUCAUGUAUGCCUGAGUUCAAGAUCUCCGCUUCUCUGGAGGGUCACGGCGAUGAUGUUCGCGCUGUGGCCUUUCCCAACCCGAAUGCCAUCUUCUCAGCCUCUCGAGAUGCAACAGUGCGACUAUGGAGACUAGUGUCUACCCCGCCUCCGACGUAUGACUACAACAUCACCUCUCACGGCUCGGCCUUCAUCAACGCCCUAGCAUACUACCCACCCACACCCGACUUCCCCGACGGGUUAGUCCUCUCCGGUGGACAAGAUACAAUCAUAGAGGCGAGGCAACCGGGCAAAGCCGCCGAUGAUAAUGCGGAUGCUAUGCUCUUAGGCCAUGCACACAACGUGUGCGCGCUGGACGUCUCACACGAGGGUGGAUGGGUGGUAAGUGGUAGCUGGGACUCCACAGCCCGACUCUGGAGAAUAGGCAAAUGGGAUUGUGAUCUCGUAUUGGAUGGUCAUCAGGGAAGUGUCUGGACGGUGCUUGCUUACGAUAAGGAUACAAUCAUCACUGGCUGCGCGGAUAAGAUCAUCCGGAUCUUCAACACGUCGGGAAAACUCCUGAAAACUAUCAAGGACUCUCAGGACGUGGUGAGGGCGUUGUGCAAGGUCCCUUCUUCCCACCCCUCCGGCGCGCACUUCGCGUCUGCAAGCAACGACGGAGUUAUUCGACUUUACACUAUACAAGGCCAACUCGUCGGAGAGCUUCAUGGUCAUGAAAGUUUCAUUUACUCGCUGGCUGCCUUGCCUUCCGGGGAGCUGGUCAGCUCGGGCGAAGACCGGACGGUGAGAGUGUGGGACGGCAUGCAGUGCGUGCAAACGAUUACACACCCGGCGAUCUCGGUCUGGAGCGUCGCUGCUUGUCAGGAGACUGGCGAUAUAGUCACCGGAGCCAGUGAUCGAGUCACGCGUGUUUUCACCAGGAGCGAGGACCGGGUAGCAAGCGCGGAAGUAAUCCAGCAGUUCGAGAGGACAGUCAAGGAAUCCGCAAUUCCGGAACAACAGGUCGGCAAAAUCAACAAAGAGCAACUUCCGGGCCCCGAGUUUCUGAAGCAGAAGUCAGGUACCAAGGAUGGACAGGUGCAGAUGAUUCGUGAGACUGAUGGUAGUAUCACGGCUCACACAUGGUCAUUGGCAUCUCGGGAGUGGGUUGCCGUGGGCACGGUGGUGGAUUCUGCCGCUAGCAGUGGACGCAAGAUUGAAUACCUGGGACAGGAUUACGACUAUGUCUUCGAUGUCGACGUCGAGGACGGCAAACCGCCUCUCAAAUUGCCAUACAACGUCUCUCAGAACCCAUAUGAGGCCGCGACGAAAUUUAUUCAAGAUAACGAGCUCUCUAUGAAUUACCUCGACCAAGUUGCGCAGUUCAUUGUCCAGAACAGCCAGGGUGCCAGCCUUGGCCAGUCUAACCAAGGCCCGACCCCUGCGGGUGCCGACCCUUGGGGACAAGAAAGGCGUUACCGUCCGGGAGAGGGGCAAGAGACGCAAGCAACUCAGCCACCACCGGCUCCAGAGCCCCGCCCUAAAGUCCUUCCUCAAAAGCAGUAUCUGUCGAUCAAAUCCGCGAAUCUCAAGGUGAUCGCUAAGAAGCUACAAGAACUGAACGAGCAGCUUGUGACGUCUGGAUCGAAAGAGCUGUCAUUGAGUCCAUCCGAACUCGAGACCGUGGUUUCUCUUUGCACCCAACUCGAAUCGUCAAGUCUUAACGGAUCGCCUAUUGCAGGAACUGGUGUCGUCUUAUUAUACAAAGUCGCAACACUCUGGCCCACCUCAAGCAGACUCCCUGGUUUGGAUCUUCUUCGAUUACUUGCGCCCGCCACCCCCGCGGUGGCCACUGCAGACUACGAUGGGAAGGAUCUCAUCUCGGGACUCCUUUCUAGCGGCGUGUUCAACUCUCCCUUGAACGUCAACAACGCUAUGUUAUCGGCCAGAAUGUUGGCGAAUUUGUUUGAAACGGAAGCGGGUCGCAACUUGGUGAUGAGCCGAUUUGACGAUAUCUUGACUGCCAUCAAGUCUGCCUUGUCGAAUAGCGGAUCGACACCGAAUCGGAAUCUUACAAUCGCCGUCGCAACCCUCUACAUCAACGUCGCCGUAUAUCUGACAUCCGGAGGGAACGAAGUAGCCCCCGAGUCGUCAGAGAAGGGGCUGGUGCUCCUUGCUGAGCUCACGCAGAUGCUGCAUGGUGAGAAGGACUCCGAGGCCGUCUACCGCAGCCUUGUCGCCUUAGGAACCUUGGUCGAAGCGCUGGGCGAGGAGGUUAAGGCCGCGGCGAAGGAGGUCUACGACGUGGGUGCCCUUCUCAAUACGAUCUCGAGCUCCGGUCUUGGGAAGGAGCCGAGAACCAAGGGCAUCAUCGGGGAAAUCAGAGAGGCGCUGUCGUAGGGUGGACAGUUGGCUCGAGGACAUUUUUACAUGUGUUAGACGGAGACUACCUGCUAUUUUAUAUUCGUAGGGAUUAUACAUAUUGGUUAACGAUAGCGAUGCACACCUGCAUGAAAUUAAACAUUGACUCACGGCUGUCAAGCACC